AUGAGUGGAGCUGGAGUAGAAGCUAUCCUCCUAGCACUACAUCUACCUCGUGGCCUCUACUUUCUUCUACUGUUCAUCCUCUACCUACGCCUAGUCCUGCUAACCCUCCUCCUAGCAGCGGCAACAACAAUGUCCUGGCAAUUGGAAGGUGGCGCUACCUCAGUGUGGUGUCAGUGUGGGGUCAGUGAAUCUAUGUCGGUGCUUUUGACGCCGAUGAUGGUGGGUUUGGCGUGGGCGUCCCCCACGGUAUCGCUGCGUCCUCGUUGUGACAUGGAGAGGACCACCCUCAUCCACCUGGUGCAUCGUUCCCCUCUUAACUUCCUCCCCCAAUUUCCCAUCCAGCGCCUCAUCUCCAGACCCCUCCUUCUCCGGAGGCCUCUUUUCCUCUCGUCGUCUUCUCUUCCCACCACAGCUCUUCGUUGCGUUAUUCACACCUCUUCCCGCUGCCCCCGUGCUGCCUCUUCAUAUUUUUGCUGGCUUUGA